GCCCCGAGUGCGAGCCGGGCUGGGGCGGACAGGACUCGGGGAACAGGAGAGCUGAAGGGGGGACUCCCAGAGAUCCGACACUCUGCGCUGCUCCCGGGGAGUCCGUGUGGGAGGCGGUUUGCCGAGAGAAGGGCUGUAGCGAGGGCCGCUCUGGAGGGGUGAGAGGCGGUGUUGGCUCAGGCCAAAGGAACCGCCUGUUUUUCUGAACUGUUGCCUUGUUUCUGAGCCCUUCCAGACUCGCUCUCCCGCGGGAUUGUUGGCCUUGUAUGUAAACACCGCCCCCGCCUUUUCUUCGCUUGGCUUUUUGCCUGCUUUUCCCUAAACACGAAGCAAAACUGACGUUCUGCUGUCAAGACCCCUCCUCAACACAGCGCUGCAGCCUUCGGAUCCGGAGGGUGACGGGGCCUUUCAGCCACUGCACCAUCUGUGCCUUUAGGGGUUUGGGUGUCUGCGAGUGGGCACCGUUUUACUGUACUCGUGUCCCGCAGCUCCCCGGGGCUCAGCGGCUCGGGCAGAGCAGGAGACCUCGAUCUCCUGUCUUUUAACCCCCCUCCUGCACUUCCAUUUCACAUUCCACUGAGGACUCAAAAUGGCUGCAGAUGGAAAAUCCAAGCGGAGUUACUGCCAGCUGUGGGGUGAGAUCCAGCUGGAGAGCGUUUCCAGAUGCUGCAGGCACCACAGCCCUGGCUCCGACGGCAGAAGUGAGUCCUCCUCAGGAGGUUGACCAGGUGUUUGAACCAGCUGAUUCCCUGCCCUCCCGGAGUGAGGCCGCAGCCGUGCAGCCCGUCGUUGGGAUCAGUCAGAGAGUGCAGAUGAACUCGAAAGAAAAGAAGGACUUGGGGACACCAGGGUAUGUGCUAGGGCUGAUCAUGACUGUGAUAAUCAUUACCAUGGGAGCUGGCGUCGCCCUGGGAUACAUCUAUAAAAGAGGGAAAGACCUGAAGGAAAAGCAUGAACAGAAAGUUUAUGAGCGUGAAAUGCAACGCAUCACACUGCCACUCUCAGCGUUCACCAAUCCUGCCUGUGAGCUUGUAGAUGAGAACACAGUCGUGGUGCACACCAACCAGACGCCUGUGGAGGACACGCACGACGGCAGCGGCCCGCUCAUGGGACAGGCAGGAACUCCUGGUGCCUGAGCAGCAUGGGUGGGAGCGGUACAGGCUGAGCAAAGCCUCCAGCUUCCCCCUGUGAGUGCGGGAGUUGCGUGUGUUCAUUUCUGUUUUGUUUUCUUUUUGAUGAAAGCCAGAUGAAAGUGAUGCAGAAGGGCAGAGCAGUGGGCUGUUCAUCACGACCUGUUUGAGGGACACCAUUCAGUGCACGACCAGCCGGGGACUGGUGUAGCGGACCCUGCUGCUUCCUCCCACCUAUCUCCCCAGCGUGCCAAGGAGCUGGGGGGGAUGAUGGGCCAGGUCACAUCCCAUAGCACAGAGUGUGGUCUUGGCUUCCUCUUUUUCUGUUCCUUUCCUGUUUAAUGGUGUGCACUGUUACUUAAGUUUCAUCCUGGAACCCCGGGAGGGAGCAGUACUGCAGGGACUGAGGGAGCUUCGCGUCAGACUUAGCUGGGUAGUUACACUCUGAUAAUAGUUCCUGCCUUUUUGCUGUAGUGGGUGAGCGCUGGAGGUGUAGUGGGUGAGCAGGAUUCCUGUCCAGAAUCCUGCUUCUGGAUCAGUUUUUUGCCAGGAACAGUAUGUUUAGCCCCAGUGUCAAUUUGGAAAGGUUCUUCUCAAGCUCUUGACAAAUCCAGGUCUUCCAGGGCUGAGGCCACACCUCCAUUCCCCUGUGGUGCUACACGUACAGCCACAGUCACAGGUAUGUGGGGGUCUGUGUCUGCUGCUCACUUACACAGAUCAGGAGACCAAAGGCCAGCAGAAGAUAAUUAAGUGAAAUAAAAACAACUGCCCUCCACUUACCUACAGCAGGUUGAGGAUCGAGAACAUCUGCUUCCAAAUUCCCUUGGCUUUCAUGAAGUCACCCCUGGGCAGAGUGGCCACUCCAGAGCAGCUCUUGCUCUAAGGGCAAGACAGGGCAGCUGCAGCUGCGUGAUCCCAAAGCUGUGGCGCGGCUCCUGGCGCAGCCUCCCUCACACACACUCAGCUCGUGCCACAGGACUCCGUGCAGAGGGAGACAGGCCCUACUGUAGAGGUUUCGUAACAACUGUCAGUAGCAUUUCAGGGAGGGUGGAAGGGAUGGGUGCUGCAGUGUCUCCCAAACAGCACUGAGGCAAGGCCGGUUCAGGGAAACAUCCAUGCCCCACCCCAGGGGAUUCAAGCCAUUCAGUAAGUUUUCUAGCCAUCUGCUUCAUAGCUGUGGGCCUAACAGGGAGAAGCACUGGGCAGCAGGGGUUUUAGUGUUAAAUGUUUGAUUCAGAAAAGGGAAACAUUUUAUUUUUAAAUGCCUUUGAAUACCAUUUCUUUGUAAAAUGUUUUGAAUACCUCAUUAUGAGAAGGUGCAGAUUGUGCUACCUUGUAUUGAAGAUUAAAAGAAAAAACUCUGUAGCCCUGCA